AUGGCCAAACAAGUGUGUGCUGUGAUCUUUGUGGCUCUUGCCAUGUUCGGAAGUUGUGUUCUUGCCCGACCAGGAUAUGCUCAUGGAUACGUUGAUUACUAUGAUCAUCCAAAGUAUGCCUUCAACUAUGGUGUUGCUGAUCAUGUGACGGGUGAUGUGAAGAGUCAGCACGAAACACGAGACGGUGAUGUCGUGAAAGGACAAUACUCCCUGGUGGAACCUGAUGGCUCUGUGCGAACUGUAGAUUACACUGCUGAUCCAGUCAAUGGAUUCAAUGCUGUUGUAUCGAAGUCAGCUCCCGCCGUUCAUCCUGUUCCAGUUGUUCACAAGGCUGUCCACCCUGUUGCCUAUGCUGCCCCAGCCCCAGUUGUGGUGAAACAUGCAGCUCAUGUACCACACUACGCUACCGCACAUUACGCCGCUGCAGCUCCCAUUGCCCACUAUGCCGAUUAUGACCACUAUGAUGGUCACUACGAUCACCACUAUGACAACCACCACUACUAUUGA